AUGUCCAUGCCUACAUUCGACCCUUGCGAUGUGAUGCGUAGGCAUAAUCAUGCGGCGUGGUCGCUGUUGAUGGGCCAUGAUUCGUCCAAAAAGAAGCGCGAUGACGCUAAGCAGUCCAUCAAGAACCGGAUGUCCAUGAAGCCCAACAAAGCGACGGGCAUGUUGUUGCUACGGUUCAAGCCGGCGUCAACGAACCGCCCGAAGGUGCAGCCGACGCCUGCGCCAGCAGCGGAAGCCAAGGGUGAAGAUGGCGAAGUUCAGAUGAACGAAGGCAAUCAAGAACACAACGCAAAUGGCAAACCUGACGAGGACCACGAGAUGGACGAGAGCGGCGAGGCGAACGUGGAAGACGGCGCAGAUCGCCAGCGCGACGAAGCACAGCGUGUCCUAGCGACUAGGACGCCCGUAGACGAAGAAGAAGACGAGGUUCUCAGCUGGGGCACCAAUGACUGGGGCGAAGACGAGCCUAGGAAAGACGACGACGAAGAUGGGGAGGAAGACAAAGACAAAGAUGAGGAAGACGAGGAGGAAGACGAGGAGGAAGACGAAGACGAAGACGAAGACGAAGACGAAGACGAAGACGAAGGGAAUGAAGGGGAAACAGAAAAAGACGGGGAAGCCAAGAAGGGUGGCGAAACGGAAGCAAAUGAGUCUUCGGAGAAGCUGCAGCGAGGAUGGGAAGCCUCCUCAGAGGCUUCAGACUCUGACGAGGAAGCACCCGCACAGACAGAACAACCAAAGGUUGCGUCUGAGGCGGAGGUGAACGCCUUUCUCGACUCUAUGGUACAAACACAUUUCGGCCCGCUAGCUCGGCCUGAGGACCUGGAGCAGGACACCAAGGCCGCAUCGACCCAGGUGUCUCCUGCACAUUCCGAGCGUUCGCGCUCACCACCAGAGGAGUCCUACCGAUCCGCGGCACCAUCACCCGAGACUCAGCGUCCAGCAGCUCUACGCUUUGACGGCAACAGUCGGUCGCCGUCCCCAGAGCCGGAGACCCCUCCUCAAGCCCCAGUAAACUUGCGCCCGGCGAGCGACAGCACGAAGGGCAAGUCCCCGCAACGAGACACGGGCCUGGAUUUCGGUAUGGGGUCACUGUCGAUCUCACACGAUGCGCCAGCCAGCAGGCCUGCCGAGCCAGACCUCAGCCUUCAUGCAGUCAUGGCGAGGUUGUCAUUUGCGAGCGAGCCUGCGGCAACCACGCCUGCCAAACAAGACACCGGUCUGGACAUGAGCAUGGCGUCUCUGUCGAUCUCCCCGGCACACCCCCCGCGCUCCCCCAUCAAGAAAGUCGUCGAGAAGGAGAAGCCCGCGGAAUUGGAGCUCGGUCUGGAGAUGGGUAUGGCGAACUUGUCGGUCUCUCCACCUCGUCCGCCACGUUCCCCCAAACCUCAGCCUCUCGACAACGUCGUCGAGAAGAAGGAACUCACUGCGACGGACGCUACAAGGGAUGUACCAUCCAUCGUCAUAAGUCCCGCUCCGAGCGCCCCGCCCGCGCCCAAACCUCCAGCGCGUGCAGCUCCUUCUCCUCCUACUCCCUCACCGACUGUCGUGGCCGCGGCAGUCUACCCUCUUUCUGCACGUCCACUUCCAGCCUCAAGACCCCGCCCACCUGCAGCUGCUCCCCAACCUGCAGUGCCUAAGCCAUCCACUACCGUGAUGGUGCUCAAACCCCCUGCGCCACGUCCGACGCCAUCUGUCAUGACACCCACCACCCCUGUCGACAAGAAGGCCUACAUGGUCAAGCCUCCGCCCAAGCCGGUCCCCAAUCCACAACCUGCGGUGAUGAACACGGCUGUGGACGCGGAUGCCAUGAUUGUCGUAGCGUACGAUAAUGACGAGGAUUCGGUGAUGUCUGACUCGGACUCUGUCUCCAGCGGUUCGAACGCGCAAUGGGCCGGGUCACAACCUAUCAUAUUGCCUUCGCCACCAAUGCUCAACUUCCAGCAAUCGCAGCCCGAACCAAUGGUCUACAUGCAGGCGCAACCGCAGUUCGCGCCCUCAAAUUCGGUCUUUCCCAAUGCUUCGCAAUGGCCAGCCGCUACGCAAUCACCGCCACAGUCCCCGUUCGGACAGGGCCAGUACAACCCGCCAGUCGUGUUUCCACAACCUCCUGUGGAAGCAUUCUUCGGCGCUGUCUCUGUGCCAAACCGUGAUGGCGAUGUCGCUGCGGACAUGGAGAUCGAUGACGAGACCCCGCGAUCCCACUAUCACCCAGCAUGGGUCCACUGCAAAAGCCGCGCAGCCCGCGAUGCGUACCGCGCCGAAACGAAACGGACGUCCAAGAAGGCCUUCCGUUUGCGCGCGAGGCGGCGCCACAAUCCGUCGCGCCACCCGACUCGCCGUGACAUGCGGCGCGCGAUCUUAGCGGCGCGCUCUGUCGCGAUGCCCCAGCGCAUAAAUGAGGAGAAAGCUUGGGAGAAGGUAGACGAGGAUGUACAUAUGGGCAUUGAGGUCGCUCAAGCACCGAAGACCACCCGGCCUACGUCGACCCCAACGGAAAGGCAAACAAAUCCUGUGACAUUGACAAAGGACAUAGAGAAGGCAGUCGCCGCGCCCACAGCAGCCAGUGAGGCUCCGAAGACUGCAGCACUACCUCAGGCGACGCCGAAGGCUAGACCUGCGAGUGACUCAAUCAUGCAGGGUGCCAAGGCUGACCAGGCAUCGGGAUCGAGCGCUGUUCCACCAUCUCCGAGGUCUGCAACGAAUGCGGGAGCCGCGAGCGAAACAGGUGCCGCCACGAGCCCUCAGGUUCAUGCGCUUGAGCGUGCAAAGGCCUCAACACCACCCGCCAAGGCUAGUUCGGAGCCCAAGUCUGCUUCAGCCGUUGAAUCACUCGAGGAGAUUGCUCCGACAAUCCCCGCUCAAGCCGCAGAGGGCAAGGGCAAGGGCAAGAUGAGAGCAGUGAUUGUAGAAGAGAGUUUCGACAAAGAGACCGAGGAAGACGACGACGAUGACGACGACGACAAUGACGACGAUGACAAUGAUAUCUCGCUUCAAGUCGCUUUGCAACGGUCUUUGGGAGGCAGCGCCGUCGAUCUGCGGGCCGUGAUGGAACAGUCUGCACUGUUGCCUCCCCACCUUCAAGGCGAGUUGGACCCAUCAAUGCCUGGUCCAUCCAGGUUACCAGACAUGACGAACACAUCGCCGCGUGCUGCGCCGCAAGAGGAGCGUGAAAUAGAUGAAGUGCGCCAAUUGCAAGAAGAGAUCGAAGCGUAUUUCGCCGCGCUUAAGGAAUCCGAGAAGGCAGGAGUAGCAGCACAGGUCGAACAGCAGUCCUCUACGACCAACAACACGCCGAGUGUCGUAGCGGGUGUCUCCGAGGCGCGAGAGCCCGUCGUGAGCACGCCGGCCUCCGCGACUGGCCCCAAGACGCGAAGGGUUGCGCCGAGAGUCCGGCCUUCAAGCGGUGUCCCUCAGCAGAAAGUGGGCUCGGUCAACCAGCCGGCCAGUUCGCCAACGGACGCGGCCCCUGCACAACGUCGCUCGCCUCCAGCUAAUGCCGAAGCCAAGCCUGCGUCUGUAUCCUCGAAGCCCGCCGCAUCUGCUGGCUCGAGGACGCAGGCACCGAGCAAUGCGCAGCCAGCGCGGAGCGAAGGUGACCUGGAGGCAGCACAGGCACUUGCGACGCUUGCGUUCGCGAAGGUCAUCCCGAAGACGCCUGUCACAAUGGAUGCCCAGCCUGCUGUCUCGCCUGCUCUGGCGCCGAAGACCUCGCCCGUCUCUGCUCCUCUCACACCGCAAGGUGUUCAGCUAGCUGAGAAGGCCACGCCGAAGUCGCCGGAGUCGAAGAGUGCUCGUCCAACGCGUCCAAUUCCGGCCGCGAAGCCUACAAAGGCUGCUCCGGCCCCAGUGCCUGUUGACAAGCCGGUUGAGGAGAAGGACGAGAGGCCAUUGAAGGCUUUGCCAUGGCCUCUGCGACGUGCUCCGACUUCCGUUCCUACCGCGCCGUCUGCGCCCUCCGCACCGUCUGCGCCGUCUGCGCCGUCUGCUCCCUCCGCACCGUCUGCGCCGUCUGCGCCGUCUGCUCCCUCUGCGCCGCUUGCACCCUCCGCACCGCUUGCACCCUCCGCACCGUCUGUGCCCUCUGCACCGUCUGCUCCCUCUGCACUGUCUGCACCCUCUGCACCGUCUGCUCCCUCCGCACUGUCUGCUCCCAUUGCACCAUCUACAGCCGCUGCUCCGUCCAGUCCCGCCGCUCCGAGGCCCUCUGUCACGCACAGCUUCCACACAGCCCUUGCAGCGUCCACGUCCCCCCUGCGCGCUGCGCCUCUCGCGCCCUCCGCGCCACCCGCGUUCCACUCGAGCAUCGCGACGCUCCCCACCUCCUCAUACGUCCCGUCCCCGCUCGUCGUGCCCACUCCCGCGCACCGCCCGCGCUCACGGACGCGCCUGAGCCUGACGCCGGCCUUCUGGGAGCUGCAGCUGCCGCAGCGGGCGGAGGAGCCGCGCGCGCCGCGCUACGUCCACCGGGUGCACACGUACAGCGAGUUCAACGCGGAGCACUACGCGCGGGCGCUCGCGGAGGAGGCCGCGCGCACGGCCGCGGAGGAGCGGGCGAAGGCCGGGCGGGCGCCGGUGUACAACCCGGAGACGGAGGACUACGACUCGCCGCUGAUGCCGGGGUCGUUCGACGUGGAGGAGAGCGGGAGCGAGGGCACGGACGCGGCGUCGCUGGGGUCCGCGGGCGGGGUGGAGGCUGCCGGCGGCGCGCGCCGCAGCGUGGUCGUAAGGGUCGCGCGGGGGGCGGGGGUGGUGGUGGGGUCGGCGCUCGCAUUGUACUCCCACCCGCACACAUCGCCGUUGCAGCAGCAGCAGCCCGCGCCGCCCCACAUAUACCCAUACACCGUGGUUAUACCCCUAUACCCCGGCGGCGCGGGACUCCUGGCUGCACAUGUAUACUAUACCCGGCUCGCGAUGAUCCAUAGUGAACUAUCGUACAUGAGUGUCCGGACACAGUGUAGGAGUAAGAGCAUAUGGAUGCACCUUGUGGGGAACGUGCACACAAGCACGAGUCGGCUGUAUGGCUAA